AUGCUGUGUUCCAGACAAGGCUCUCAAAACGGCACUUGUUGCAAGACUCCAGCACCAAUUGAGUCGUCUGAUGAUAACGAGGAUGUGUGGGGAAGUGAUGAGGAAAGUAUCGCCGUUUAUGCAGACUUGAAACGAGCUCACGGAAAACAGGGAUAUCUCGAUGGGCUAGUAAACCAGCAAGAGGCAAGUUUGCAGAAAGGAUUCGACAGCGGAUUCCCGAUUGGAGCUGACCUCGGAAGAGAUGUGGGUCGCAUUCUUGCCCGAUUACAUGGAACCCCUGCUUUUAAAGAAGCGGUAGAGGCCUUGAACGUAUCCAAAGUUCUCGAUAAGAAGUAUUUCGAUGACCAACUCGAUUUGGCACACAGCAACCAUCCAAUCAUUUCAUCCUAUGACCGCUAA